AUGAACGGCUCCACAGCUGCCGCUGCCGCAGCAGCAGCCCCUGCGCACGUAGACUUGCGGGAGCAGGAGCAGCAUGACGAGCAACAGCAAGAGUUUCCUGUAGAGCAGCACGAGCAGCCUCAAGAAAUACACAAAACACAGCGCUUUCCCGAGAGGACAGGGCUCCCAUGCCCCCCUCCCCCGCCUCCCCCUCCCUUCCCUCCGUUUAUGCCUCAGGGGGGUGUCGCGACGGCAGCAGCAGUUGCUGCCGCAGCAGCGGCGGCAGCAAUGGGAGAGCAGUCCUUGCCUGUCUGGGGUGUAAAUUACUUCUGCCGCUCUGUGACGAUUGCUGCCACAGCAGCAGCAGACGAAGCAGCAGCGGCGGCGGCGGCGGCAGCUGCGCCAGGCGGGCAGGGGGGCGCCAAGCAGUGCAGCGCCACUGCGCCUACAGUUGCAAGUCUUUUGCGUGCCUUACUCUCCGAAGAGUCUCUCUCCACGGACCCCUUUCUUGCUGCUACCAUACAGCCGGGAGAAUGGCUGCUGCCGCUCUCCGUGUUGCUGAGGCAUCCCGCUGUAAUUUGCUGCGGCGCUUCCCGAGAGGUUCUUGUCGAGGCGAUCAGCUUUAUCCAGGAUAUUGAUCUUGUGCGUCGUCAGCAGCAGCAGCAACAGCAACAGCAGCAGCAGCGGCAGCAGCAGCGGCGGGAGCAGCAGCAGCUAGACGAGGCGCCUUCUGGCGCACUUCCCAGCGGCUCUGCAGAGACGGAAGGCGAGAUCCAGAGGCAGCAGCGGCAAGCUGGUAGUCGAAGCGAUGACAGCGGGCGCAGUGUGGGAGGUGGUGAAGGAGGGGUAGGAGCAGCCGCUGAUUCGGGAGCUGUAAGCAGCUCCACGGGAGACGUAAGUCCUUAUACAGAAACAACCUCGGCGACUCCGAACAGCAGCAGCAGCAGCAACAACACGAGCAGCAGCAGCAGUUGUGAGGAUGCGCUCGAAGAGUUCGUGUGUCUUGCACGGCUGAUGGAAAAAGCCAGGAAUACGCUGUUCCUUAGAGACCUCCCACCCGAGACGACUCAGGAGCAGGUGCUCGCUCUCAUCUACAAGGCGCCCAUGCUCUCUCAGCAGCAGCAGGAGCAGCAACACGAGCAGCAGCAGGAGCAGCAGCAACACGGGCAGCAGCAGGAGCAGCAGCAACACGAGCAGCAGCAGGAGCAGCAGCAACACGAGCAGCAGCAGGAGCAGCAGCAACAACAGUCGCAGCCGCAUGAUCAGGGUUCGGAAGAGGAGGGGGAGGGGCAGCACCAGGUGCCACAGAAUCAGGAGGAAGAGCAGUGUUGUAGCGUAAGGAAAGACAUCAAUCAUACUUGGUUUGUCACGUUCAAGGAGGCUGACACCACGCAGCAAGUUGCUCUGUGGCUUCGGACUCAAGAACUCAAUGGGCGGCCUCUCCAGGUCGGCAUAAAGGCUUCUCACGCGUUGCACCGUGUAGUGUCUGCACAGGCAACGGCAGCCGCAGCCGCGACAGCAGCAGCAGCAGCAGCUGCCCCCCGCUUCUUUCCCCCUCCGCCUAUGGCAGUCGCCAUGGGGGGCCCCCAGCCCCCCAUGUAUGCCGCUGCCGGGGGGGGGGCCCCCCCCCCCCCAGGGAGCUCGCCAGACGCGUCAGGGGAGAACUUCCGAAGGGGUCGCCAGCAGCAGCAACAGCAUCUGUAUUACACCAUGCCCGCUGGUUUUGGCCCCCCCCCCAUGCUCGUGCCUAUUUCCUAUGUUGCCACCCGGCCCCCCCAGCAGCAGUACUACGUGGCGCCGCAGCAGUCUGAGGGCUUUCUGUCUUCUGCUUCUGCUUCGCAGCAGCAGCAGCAACACGGCAUGCGAAAUCGAGGCGGCUACGGCGGCAGUCGAGGGCGGAGCAGCGGGAAUCGCUGGUUUGGGGGCGGGGGGAUGCCUGGAAGAGGGGCUGCUCCUCCUCUGGGGGGGCCCCCAAGAGGAAGCAAUCAGUCUGCAGGUUCGUUGCAUGGAGAGGAUCCAUCGUGCAGCAGCUGCACAUCUGCUGUGUGUCGUAUCGGUCUGUGCUCAGGGGUUAGCCGGGGGGGGGGUCGACGGAGAGGGCAUGGGGUGCCAUGGAGUGUACGAGGAGGCCCCUUGGCAGCAAGUGAGGGCCAUGAGCAGCAGCAGCAGUACCAGCAGCACUACCAGCAGCAGCAGCAGCAGCAGACUUACUUUGACGCAGGCAGAAGCUCGGCUGCAGCUGCCGAGUUCGGCAGUAGCAGCAGUCCUAGUAACGAUGAACAAGCAACACCAAGAGCGGCAGGAAGAAGCCCAGCACCAGUAUCCUUUGGUGCCGCUGUUGGUGGAGGCACAACGUGGCGUACAAGGCAGUCGGAUCUGCCCUUGGAAGCCUCAGACUUCCCCCCUCUGGGUGCUGCCACAGCACCCAAGACGCCUCGCACCCAAGCACCCCGCAAAAGACGCGAGGAGGAGGCUGCUAUGGCCCCAGCAUCCGAAAGCGUCUGCACUGGCAUGGCGCGCAACGCUGUAUUGCUUUAUAUAGGAGCUGGAGUAGUUGUCAAUACAGUGGCAGUGGCUGUCGGGUCUGUUUUGCUUUCUCCACGGAGAGUUUUGGACGGCGGGAUGACUGGCCCCUCUCUUGCUUUCGUGGGGUUCAAGGCACCCUUUCGCUGCCCUGUGUCCACAUAG